UCCGCCGAUUGGCCUGAAUCAAAGUGACAGCACGCACAUGCGCGGCGAUUGGUCGAAGAUUAGGGAAACUUUAAUUUAUUGUUAAGAGUUACAGGCGCAGCAGAAACUGUUUUCACCAGGGACCGUUUGGUUUAAAGGCGCUGGGAGGUCGAUUAGAUUUGCCUCCAGCACGCAGGGGCGCCGUCGCGUGAGCGCCCAUUACAAAGAGAUUAAAAAGGAGAGAGCAUCAGCGAUCUUCUAUCCACAUGGCCGAACCCAAUUUCCCUCCACUGCCUGGAUUCCUCCCCAUAAAACCAUGUUUCUAUCAAGACUUCGAAGAAAUCCCGGAGCAGCACCGCAGCAUGUGCAAGAAAAUGUACCACCUUUGGAUGUUCCACACUGCCACACUUGCUGUGAACCUCAUCGCCUGCUUUGUUUGGAUGUUUGGUGGUGGAGGGGUCACUAACUUUGGCCUGGCAAUCAUCUGGCUCCUCAUGUUCACCCCCUGUUCUUAUGUGUGCUGGUUCAGACCCAUCUACAAAGCCUUCAAGAACGACAGCUCCUUCAACUUCAUGCUGUUUUUCUUUGUUUUCAUGGCCCAAGUCGGCAUCAGCAUCAUUCAGAGUAUCGGCAUCCCAGGAUGGGGAGUGUGUGGUUGGUUGGCCACCAUCUCCUACUUCAGCUACAACAUUUUUGUAGCAUUAAUCAUGCUGAUUCCCACCAUCAUGUUCACUGCUGUGGCUUCCUUGUCCUUCAUUGCUCUCACCAAGCAAUCUUACAUUGUUGACAGAUCCAUAAUUUCUACCGUGGCACCGGGGCCAGCAUGUCCAAAGCGCAGGAGGAAUGGGCCACAGGAGCCUGGAAGAACCCCCAUGUCCAGGCAGCAGCCCAACAGGCUGUCAUAGGGGCAGCCACAGGGGGCAUGCAGGACCAGUACCCCAGCCCCCAAUACAAUGACAACCAGAUUUAGAACUGUCAGGGAUGUAACGGUAGAGUAUGAGUGUAGAAGACAAACGAUGUCUUCAUAGAGCUGAGCAAAAUGUCAGAAUGUGAACUGUGUGUGUUUUUUGUCUUCUUGUCCUGGAGGGUGAACAAAAAAAUUGCAACUUUUUUUUUUCUUUUGUAAUUGAAAAUAAUUUUCCAAACGUGAUGCUGAAACAUCUCCACUGUGAGAGCUAUGUAUUCAUUUACAUACCUGCAGGAAACCAUGUGAAAAAAACAACAUUAUUUUCUUUUAAUGUUUAUAAAUGUUUUUUAGUAUUUAUGUUAUGUUGGUCUACUAAUAAAUCA